AUAGGACCCCGUCGCGUUCAUGUCCCUCUGGUCCUUGAGCUGGCGCAGACGGUGAAGCAAUGGCCUUGAGGUUGCUGAGACUUGUCCCGGGGUCGGCGCCCGCGCGCGGCCUCGCGGCGGGAGCCCAGCGCGUGGGACGAAUUCAUACCAGUGUGCACUGCAAGCUAAGGUAUGGGCUUUUGGCCUCCAUUCUUGGUGAUAAGACAACCAAAAAGCUGCAUGAGCACAGCCGCGUGAUCACAGUCGAUGGGAACAUAUGCUCGGGGAAGAACAAGCUCGCGAGGGAGAUCGCAGAGCAGCUAGGCAUGAAGCACUUUCCAGAAGCAGGGAUACAGUACGCAAGCAGCACCACAGGUGACGGAAAGCCCCUCGACAUAGAAUUUAGUGGCAGCUGUAGUUUUGAGAAAUUUUAUGACGAUCCCAAAAGCAAUGAUGGCAACAGCUACCGCCUGCAGUCCUGGUUGUAUGCCAACCGCCUCCUGCAGUACUCAGACGCCCUGGAGCACCUGUUGAGCACAGGACAAGGUGUGGUCUUGGAGCGCUCCAUCUACAGUGACUUUGUCUUCCUGGAGGCAAUGUACAACCAGGGCUUCAUCCGAAAGCAGUGUGUGGACCACUAUAAUGAAGUGAAGCGGCUCACCCUGCCAGAGUACCUGCCACCACACGCGGUCAUCUAUAUUGAUGUGCCUGUGCCAGAGAUACAGAGCAGGAUCCAGAAGAAAGGAGAUCCACAUGAAAUGAAAGUCACCUCUGCCUAUCUCCAGGACAUCGAGAAUGCCUACAAGAAAACCUUCCUCCCCCAAAUGAGUGAGAUGUGCGAGGUGUUGGUGUACAGUUCCUGGGAAGCUGAAGACUCGACCAAGGUGGUAGAGGACAUUGAAUACCUUAACUACAACAAAGGGCCUUGGCUUAAACAGGAUGAUCGGACCUUUCACAACCUGCGGAUGCUGGUUCAGGAUAAGACAGAAGUGCUAAAUUACACAACCAUCCCGGUCUACCUCCCAGAAAUCACUAUUGGAGCUCAUCAGGGCAGCCGGAUCUACGACAGCUUCAGAAAGCUGCCAGGCCGCAUGUACGCCCCUGGGUACAAUGCCGAAGUGGGGGACAAGUGGAUCUGGCUGAAGUGAAUGGUCCCCUCUGCCUAGCUGUGUCACAUGAAGAUAUCUGCUCUGCCCAACUCUGUGAGCUCCAGAGCCUUACAAGACAGCAGGAAAAAAGCAAAUGAUCAAGAAAUUGCCAGAAAAAAAAAAUGAUCUAACAAAAAGAGUCUGACCCAUACCUAGUCAAAGUUGAAAGAAUUAGCUUCCGCUGAAAAGGUUCUGGAACCUUCUAGUGUUGGUUUGGAAUCAUCUGGGGAAAAAAACAAAACAAAGUUGCUUUCAGCUGGUCUGCUGAAAGCCCAGCUCCCACUGGAAGCCCCAUCGUGUCCCAGUGCUGUUUCCUUGAGCCCUCCCAACUUGAAGAAACAAAGCCGCUCUGUAGCUCCUCCUCCUGUGUCUGCAUGGCACACCUGUGCCUGGUGGCUGAGGAUGCUCAGCCCUCCCCUCCAGCCCGCCCCUCUAGCCCUCCCCUGCAGUUUGGGUCUCCCACAGUGUUGAAGCAUGUUUCUGAAGCAUUUGUUCUUUUAACAGCACAUUUGAGCAAAAAGGGAAAGAAGAAUGACCACAGACUAGCAGAACUGUGUCUUAGAGCAGGCUCACUCCUUGGCCGCCCACGGGGCCUCCAUACUCUUAUCUCUGAAGGGCAAGAGCAUAGAAUAUGGGUACAGAUGCCGUUAUCCAAAAUAAGGGUGCCAGUCCCAAGUGAAAAGAGCAGUGGCGUCUUACUGUUCACCUGUAUGGAACCUGGGGGAGUAAUCCUUAUGAACUGGUGUCAGCCUGCAUUGCUGUUCCGGAGUUCCUUUAAGUUGUCUGUCCUAAGCUAUGAGUUUGUACUGAGACCCUGCUGUGACUCCUCUGAGCACAUGUAACUUACAUUUAACUUAAUUAAAACUUAAUGAAAUUUA